AUGUUGAUCACCGGCAAGCACAUUCUGGUCUUCCCAUACCCAGCUCAAGGCCACAUGAUACCUCUUCUUGAUCUCACACACCAACUAGCCAUUCAAGGUGUAUACAUAACCAUACUUGUUACUCCACAAAACCUCCCUAGUUUGACCUCUCUUCUUUCAGCCCAUCCAAAAACCAUCACCGCCCUUGUCCUACCUUUCCCGUCUCACCCCGAUAUACCUCCAGGUAUCGAGAAUACAAAAGACUUACCAGGAGAUGGUUUCAAGACCAUGAUGAUGGCUCUUGGUGAUCUUUAUAACCCUGUCCUAGAUUGGUUCCAAAAAAACCCAACUCCACCUUCAGCUAUCUUAUCUGACAUGUUCUUAGGAUGGACAUAUCACCUGGCCUGCCACCUUGGUAUACGUCAUUACACGUUUGCUGGGACAAGUGCUUUUAGUCUUUCUGUUAUAUAUUCCUUGUGGCGUUACAAACCCAAAAGGGAUGAUCAAGGAAAUGAGAAUGAGAUGAUAUUGUUCCCUAACAUGCCGAAUUCACCAGAAUUCCCUUGGUGGAAGUUGUCUAUUGUAUACAGAACUCACGUCAAAGGAGAUCCACAUUCGGAAUUUAUCAAAAGGGGGUUAUGUAAUACUAUGGCGAGUCGGGGAAUCAUAAUUAAUUCAUUUAGUGAACUGGAACAAGUUUAUUUCGAUCAUCUAAAGGAAGAAGUAGGUCAUGACCGUGUGUUUGCGGUUGGACCUAUACUACCUACUGGGAAUAAAGGUAUGAGAAGAGGUGGAUCUAGCUCAAAUGACGUCCUAUCAUGGCUGGACAAAUGUGGAAAUGAAGAGGUGGUUUAUAUCUGUUUUGGAAGUCAAUCUGUGUUGACCAAUGAUCAAAUGGAGGUUGUGGCAAGAUCUUUGGAGAAGAGCCAAGUCAAGUUUGUAUGGUCAGUGAAGAAGCCUACUAUUGGACACGUGGCCGGAAAAUAUGGGAGGAUCCCAAAUGGUUUUGAGGAUCGUGUGACAGGGAGGGGUCUUAUAGUUAGAGGGUGGGCACCACAAGUGGAAAUACUGAGACAUGACUCAGUAGGCGCUUUCUUGACUCAUUGUGGGUGGAACUCAAUAAUGGAAGCAGUGGAAGCAGAGGUCCUAAUGUUGACGUGGCCAAUGACCGCAGACCAACACACGAAUGCAUCACUGUUGCACGAGCUAAAGGUGGGAAUCAGAGCAUGUGCAGGGGCAGAGACUAUACCUGACUCGGGUGAGUUAGCUGAGUUGUUUAGCAAAACAGUGAGUAAAGAGACAAGAAUCGAGAAAGAACUAGCGAGGAAGUUUGGUAGGACAGCAAAGCAAGCAAUAGGUGAAAAUGGUAGCUCAAUGAAAGAACUGGAUAGGUUGGUGGCAAGUUUUGCACUUUAA